AUGGCCGCUAGAUCCCGUCUUCCCCUCAUUGCCGGCCUCGGUGCCGCCACCUUUGGUGGUUACUACAUGUACAGAGCUGGCGGUAGCCCCAAGGUUGCCGAGAAGCAGAUGGAGCGUACGUAUAUCAUUUCCUCCAGUUCUGAUCAUGUCGCUAACUCUUCUCCAGAUGACGCUGCCCGCCUGUCUUCCUCAGCGAGAGAUGAGCUGCCCGGCCGCGCCAAGGAGCUCAAGACCGAGGCAAAGGUCUACGGCGAGCAGAUUGGCCAGAAGAUUGACCACGCCGUGAGUUGGACAUGCGCCUCACCUUGUUCGAUUCAAAUACUAAGACUCAUGCCANNGGUCAAGGACGCCCGUGACAAGACGCGCGAGUUCGACGCCAAGUUCGAGUCGUACCGCGCCGACGCCGAAAAGAACAUCGACCAGUACAGAAAGGAGGCCAACAAGGAGUUUAACAGCGCCGUCGACACCUUUGACAAGAAGGUCGGUGAUGCCGCUGCCAACGCAAAGGCUAGUGUUGAGGUCAAUGCCGAAAAGGCAAAGAGCGGCUUCUCCAGCUGGUUCGGCGGCAAGUAA